AUGCAUCAAUUAAAUACAAGAAAUUCAGAUAUGAUUGUUUAUUACGGAGAUGUCAAUCUGGAAAAUUUCGUCUAUAAUCAAAAUGAACGACGUGUAAAAGUCAUCGAUUUAGAAUAUGUAAUUAUUGUCGAGCGACAUUUAUUUUCUGAUAGCAAUGUGAAUAGUGAUUAUAAACAUAGUCAAGGAGGACCAUUGAAUUCGAAUAUAUAUUGCCGUAGAUAUUUUCCUGAUUAUAAUGUGGAACAAAUUUGCCGCUAUGUGUUAUCACCAUCGAAUGAAACAAAUCAAAGGGAAAUGUCAAGUGAUUUUCUUCAUAGUAUUCCUGCGUCUAUUAAUCGUCAAUGGAAUCUGACGAAUAUAAUUGCUGCUUGUGCACAAACUGGAUCAACCAGUGAACGCUUAGUUCUCUAUGAACAACUUUUGAAAAUUUUAAGUCAAAUUAUGUAA